AUCUUUCUAACGAUUUGAGCUCAAGGUCGUGGUGGCAGUUAAAACUUUUGCACCGAAAGAAAUUCUUCUCAAGCUUUCUCGUAUAUUACUGUUACUAAAAUGAAUCGAAAUGCUUUUGAAUUUUAAAUGAUGAUAUUGUGUGUCUUAGGAAGUAUAUGAUCUAUUACUAUUUUGAAUGUACGUCUUCAGAAACUAUUCCAGAUGAGAAUAAAUUACAUGUAAUCUUCGAACGACAGAAAAGUGACAUUGAAAUAUCUUAGAUUUUCAUUAGGUUUUAAAUACUUCUAUCGCCUUAUUUAGUGAUGGCAUUUAUUUUGAUACGAUAGACUUUUUACACUACUAUCUGCACCACAUAUUAUCCUAAAAAAUCUUUUCUCUGGUUUUCUCCUGAGCUGAUUGUUUACUUGAUGAUUUGAGAUUGAGCUUGGGAAUUCAGAUAACUAGUGAUCAGUAGGUUUUCACUUAUUAUCAGCGAGUUCUUAGUGAUUUCUUUGAUCUAGGAAUAUAUUUCUAUAUUUUAAAAUUCUACGUCGCUGUUUCUGAAAAUGUACGUUUUCUGACCUCGCAGUUUGAAGCUCUGUUUUUUGGAUGUUUUAUGUGAAUGUGAUCCCUUGAUGUUGCUGGGAUCGAUAUUAUGUAAAUUUUCAUCCCAUUCUUAAUGCCUUGUAUCAACCAUCUUUUGACUUUAUAAUUUGUUGAAAAUCAUUUAAAGUUAUUGGAGUUUUGCUUGCACCUUUAAGAGUGUUGAACAUGUUCUUUAAAUAAUACAAAUUAAGUUCAAUUUUGAAUGAAGUAGUUAUUUUAUAUUCAUGAUUGUUUUUAUAAAUAUGCUUCUCCCAAGUUAUUAAGUUCCUCAUAAUCCAAUUAGUCGCUAACAGUAUUAGAAAAUGCGAGAGUAGAUAGCUUUUUAAGACCCUACUCUUCACUUCAAACGCAGCUGUGAGCUGCCCCAUAUCCACAACUUUGUAAUUGAGUCCUUCGUAUAUGUCUUUUCUCAGUUAUUCCAUAGUCUCGAAGAAGACUAGAUAUGAGUUAGUUGUAUCUUCUCAUUUGUGAGGUUACCUGAAAGAUUCUCCUGGUUUAGUAAAUUGUUCUGACAUUCCACGCUUAUAUGUUAAUUACUCCCCCGGUUAUCAGAAGAGACAUCGAACCGGUGACUUCUAGUGAGUCUGGGCGUCAUAACUCUUCCAUAUUUAGAAACUUCAACUUCCAGAGCAGUGGAUAAAUAGUUUAAAUAGUUUUCUUUAGUAAGCGCUUUUUGGCUAAUCUGUUCUUUUCAAGCCGAAGUUGCUAAUGCUAUCCUCAAUUAUCAUUCUUUACUCGUACUUUGAACAUAUAGUAACCAUACAUUGACCUAGGGUGGAUUUGAAAUCUGUUUAUACAAUAUUAUAUUUCAUUGUGGUUUGUCAUUAACUGUAACGUAUUUAAAAAGGAAACACCAUUGAAUUUGCUGUAUAAAGUGAUUGUUUCGGGACGUGAUAAGUUUGAAACGUCUUCAUAUUUAAUAUAACGAGAUCUCGAAAUAUGGUUUCAUGUUUCUAAGAAGAAAGUCCAUAGAUGUGUGAUAUUCGCAGUGCGAUAUAAAAAUAUACGUAAAACUUUGCUUAGGAUUUAUUGUUAUUUUCCAAAACAAAAGAUAUUUGCUUGGUAGCAAUAAUAAACGCUUAGUGAGCGAACUCUUCUGGUGCGUGGUUGAGCCCCACAUAACUUCAAUGCUUUCUUGCAAAAUGUUAUCAAAGAAACCUGCUCUUACUGGCAAUAAUUAGUACUGCAGUAUAUGCUCUCUUGAGGCAUGUAAUCUUUAUCAAGAAAUUUUACAGGCCUCGAUGGUUUUGUUGAGAUAGGAAACUGUUUUGAAUAAGUGUUUGGUUUCAAAAAAGCUACCAUGUUUUUUAAUGUAUGGUAUUGUUUUUUAGUUAUUCUGGCAUGGUUCAUGAAAGUCAAGGACCUCAUAAAUCAACUCUUAUUGAACAAACGGUAAAAGGAGCCAUAGCAGGUGGAGUCACUGGAGCAAUUGAGAUUUGCAUCACUUUCCCGACUGAAUAUGUUAAGACACAAUUACAACUUGACGAACGUAUGGGUAGUGCCAGACAAUAUUCGGGACCCAUCGACUGUGUAAAGAAGACAGUAGGAUCUUAUGGUUUUCGUGGUUUGUAUCGAGGUUUACCUGUUCUCCUAUACGGCUCUGUUCCCAAGUCGGCUGUCAGAUUUGGAGCAUUUGAAGAGUUUAAACGUCAUAAUUUAUCUCCAGAUGGAACCCUUACAGCUGGAAGAAAACUUUUAUGUGGUUUAGGCGCAGGGGUUUGUGAAGCUAUAAUGGUAGUUACUCCGAUGGAAACCAUCAAAGUGAAAUUUAUUAAUGAUCAAACAUCUAAAAAUCCACAUUAUCGUGGUUUUUUCCAUGGCUGUGGCUGUAUCAUCAAAGAACAUGGGAUUACUGGUAUGUACAAAGGUGUAACACCGACAAUUCUGAAACAAGGAAGUAAUCAAGCCAUUCGUUUCUUUGUAAUGGAAACUUUGAAGGAUGGUUAUCGACAGUAUCGAGGUGACAAAACUACUGGACUACCUGUCCCAAAAUUACUAACUGGAUUAUUUGGGAUUAUUGCUGGUGCAGCAUCCGUCUAUGGAAACACGCCUCUGGAUGUUGUCAAAACUCGAAUGCAAGGCCUUGAUGCACAUAAGUAUAAAAAUACACUUCAUUGCGCUUGGAAAAUAUGGACUGAAGAAGGCUUUUUUGCUUUCUAUAAAGGUACUGUACCUAGACUAGGUCGUGUCUGUUUAGAUGUUUGUAUCAGUUUCAUGAUUUAUGAUUCAUUUAUGGAGAGUUUCCACAAAGUAUGGGACACAAAGAAAUCUUAAAAUAUUUUCAUUUUUAUGCAUUUAUACUAUUCUUGGUUGUGAUGAAAUUCUUCUCAUAUAUAUAUAUAUAUAUAUAUAUAUAUAUAUAUAUAUAUAUAUAGGAAAUAGUAAUUUUAAAGCACAAUAGUCCAUUCACUUUUUAUUUACAUUUGAAUCUGAUAAAAAAUAUUUGAAUAAAGAAGUAGAUGGAGAAGAUGAAUACACUUGUUGUAU